AUGUAUAGUACAGACACCUACAAGAACAGUAUAGACACCUACAGGGACAGUACCGACAACUACAGGGACCUACAGGUAGUUUUCAAGGUGUGGAGAGUGUCCUGUCCUCUACGACACGAGAAACCACAACCUGCAGAAAACAAGAAAUCACACACAGACUUCCUACAGGAUAGCCACGCACAAGGUCACAUAGGGCGAGUGUUUGGUCCACACACUCUGGACUAUGUGGUGAACCUGUGCUGGCAUCGCUAUGACUACCUGGUCCGGCUCCCUGAUUGGCUGCUCCUGAACAUCCUGUCCUUCCUGGAGUGGGCGGAUAUUAAGGAUAUCUCCCAGACCUGCAAGAGGCUCCAACAGCUAUGCUGCAGUGAGGGGUUUUGGGCGCAGGGGACAGCUGGGACCAGGUACGGGCAGAGUGAGGUCACUAUGGAGGGUGUGAGCCCUACUCUACAGCGCCGUCUGGUGGUGUUUCACAGAAGACAGGUGCUCUCCCGUCUGGCCCAGCAGCAGCAGCACAGCAAGAGGAAGAACAGUGUCUGGCACCUGUGAAGGAGUUAGCCUGGUCACGCAGCGCUCUCGUUUCGUUUUACUUCAACAGAAUGUCAGCUAUCGCACGAUCAGGCAGAUUUCACCAGAAUACAUGUGAGAGGGACAGAGGAGCAAAGUCUGUCUGUCUGUCUGUCUGUGUGUGUGUCUCUCAAACACUUUCAAUAUAUUUUAUUAUCAUCUAUUACAUUUCCAUGACCUGGAAAAUAGUUAUGUUAGGCACAUAUGGCAGAGUUAGUUUACAUAUGUAGUGUAGCUGCCUGUCAGUGUUUUGAAUGGCCAGCAGGUGGUGAUAUUAAGCAGAAAUCAGAGCGCCUCAUACAUUUGAUUCACUAAUAGGUGUAGCCUGCUGUAGAACAUGUGUGCUCAACUAGGGGAAGAGGUAUUGCUGGUUAUAAUGAUACAUCGCUAAUGUUGUUUGUGUUUUUGGUCUAAAAUUAUAGAAUAAAGAACAUACGGCACAAUCACCUAUACAUUGUGUCUGUGAUGAAUCAAACAUAUAGACAGUAGUUCAGCAAUAGAAGGACCAUCUUGUAUUCUCCAAUGUACUGCAGACAGUCUGGAAGUCCUAAUCCAAUGCAUGUGAUUGAAUAUACUGGUCGCACAUCUGAGUGCUCUAGUCUUCUCUACCCACCAGAGGUUAAAGACUAUAGGACUGUAGAGGCUUUCUGCUUGGGCUUUAUCAUGUUAGAGACCCCCCUCUGAUGUGUAGACUCAGCUGUAAUAAAAUUACAUUCUCUGAGUGAUGCAACACACACACACACACACACACACACACACACACACACACACACACACACACACACACACACACACACACACACACACACACACACACACACACACACACACACACACACACACACACACACACACACACACACACACACACACACCACCACCACCACCACAGUUCUCUUGGGGCAUAUUGACGGACCACAAUGAUUGUAUAGAGUAAAGCAAUCACCGCAGUUAUCCAAGUUGAGUUUAGUUGUUCUGUUGCCAUGGGGAUGUGCUCAUCUUUGAAUUGUUUUUGGAAUGUAAUAUGUAUUAUUUUCAAAGACUUGCAAAUAAGUAAAAAGUGUUGUCUGAGAGAAGAGAGAGAAAUAAAGAGAGAGAGGGAGGUAGAGAGAUAAUGACCAAGGAAAUGGGGGGGUUCAUAUACUAGUGCACUCUGUACGGAGAAGUGUGCCAUUUAGGAAGCAGACAGUAUCUGAAAGGACCAGUACCAGCCUGGUCUAUCAUUGAGAGCUAUUUAAUAGUGGCUGACAGGGAACCAUAUGAUAGUCCCAGGAGUGGCCUGCCCAUUCAGUACUGUGACAUAGAUCAGUGAAUGAGGAGCUCUCUCUCUCUCACAUACUCCAACUGUUCUCUCGCUCUGGUAGAGGGUCGCUGAAAUCCAUUCUGAAAA